UGCUAUCUCCUUAAUUAGCAUAAUUGUUUCAGUAUAAUAUUAGGCAAGAUUUCUGUUUGCCUCUGGGAUCCUAGAGUUUCAGCAUGAGAACUCUUUGAUUGAACACCUCUGUUGACACACUUGAAAAGGGAGACUUGAGAUGUUCAACAUGUGGACAGCAGCUGUUUUCCAGUUUAAAAUGGGAGGUUAUAUCCAUUAAUGACAAAUGUGCAGCUUGGUACCAUAUCAGACUCCUUGGUCCAUUUUACUUGGUUUCCUAGAACAUUUUAAAUACGAUCUGUUUAACCUUUGAAGAUAAGGAUUUCCUCCAUUUAAAAACAACACCGAGUUGGCUAUUUACUUUGCAGCUACAAUGAGCAGUACAGUAGGAAAAGAAAAAGACUGCAAAGAGAAGGACCCUAAAGUUUCAUUGGGAAAGGACAGGGAAAGGGAUACAAAGGCUUCUGGUGGCUUUGGGAAAGAGGGUAAAGAGAAAGAAUCCAAGACCAAAGGGAAAGAUGCCAAAGAGGGUAAAAAAGAAUCUAGUGGGGUACAACCAGGCGUGCAAUUCCAAGUGGACAAUACAAUAAAACGGCCAAAUCCAGCACCAGGACGUAAAAAAUCGAGUAAUGCUGAAGUGGUUAAAGAGUUAAACAAGUGUCGUGAGGAGAAUGCAAUGCGUUUGGACUUGGCCAAGAGAUCUAUUCACAUGCUUCCAACGUCAAUCAAGGAAUUGACCCAAUUAACUGAGCUUUAUUUGUAUAGUAACAAAUUGCAGUGUUUGCCAGUAGAACUGGGUUGCCUUGUGAACUUGGUCACCCUGGCACUAAGUGAGAAUUCACUUACAAGUUUGCCUGACUCUCUUGAUAACUUGAAGAAAUUGCGAAUGCUUGACCUGCGGCAUAACAAACUUCGAGAAAUCCCUACAGUAGUAUACAAGCUGAUUUCCCUCACCACUCUCUAUCUGCGGUUUAACCGUAUAACUACUGUGGAGAAGGACAUCAAAAAUCUAUCCAAACUUACAAUGCUGAGUAUCCGUGAGAACAAAAUUAAACAGCUCCCUGCUGAAAUAGGUGAACUCUGUAACCUCAUAACACUGGAUGUGGCUCACAAUCAACUUGAACACCUCCCAAAGGAGAUUGGCAAUUGCACACAAAUCACAAACCUUGACUUACAACAUAAUGAGCUUCUCGAUCUGCCUGAAACUAUAGGUAACCUGUCCAGUCUGAGUCGCUUGGGGCUGAGGUACAACAGACUGUCAGCUGUACCCAAAUCAUUGGCAAAAUGCAGUGAGCUGGAUGAACUUAAUCUAGAGAACAAUAACAUCUCAACAUUACCCGAGGGUCUGCUAUCAAGCCUUGCAAACUUAACCAGUUUAACAUUAGCAAGGAAUUGCUUCCAGUCAUACCCAGUUGGCGGACCCUCGCAGUUUUCAACUAUCUACUCUCUCAACAUGGAACACAACCGCAUCAAUAAAAUACCUUUUGGAAUCUUCUCCAGAGCAAAAGUGUUGAGUAAGCUGAACAUGAAGGACAAUCAGCUAACUUCACUUCCAUUGGACUUUGGAACCUGGACAAGCAUGGUAGAACUGAACCUUGCCACCAAUCAACUCACAAAGAUUCCAGAGGAUGUGUCAGGAUUGGCCUCCCUGGAGGUUCUCAUCUUAUCAAACAAUCUUCUUAGAAAACUGCCACAUGGCAUUGGGCACUUAAGAAAACUGAGAGAGUUGGACUUGGAAGAAAAUAAGCUUGAAUCUCUUCCAAAUGAAAUUGCUUAUCUUAAGGAUCUUCAGAAACUGGUCUUGACCAACAAUCAGCUGACUACGCUUCCUAGAGGGAUCGGUCACCUAACCAGUCUGACCCAUCUUGGCCUGGGAGAGAACUUACUUACUCACUUACCUGAAGAGAUCGGUACACUGGAAAAUCUGGAGGAGUUGUAUUUAAAUGAUAAUCCAAACCUGCACAGCCUUCCCUUUGAGCUGGCACUCUGCAGCAAGUUGUCCAUCAUGAGCAUUGAGAACUGCCCACUCAGCCACCUCCCACCACAGAUUGUAGCUGGUGGUCCGUCCUUCAUCAUCCAAUUCCUGAAGAUGCAGGGCCCUUAUCGGGCCAUGGUCUGACUGAAUGGAAAUGUUGCAUACACUGUACAAAAUAUAAAAUGCAUUAUUGUCAUUAUAUAUAAAAGCAAUUUUACUAAGACUGCAGUAUGUGUUUCUGGUAAUAGAGGAAUCGUAGCCAUUUAGAAUUUUUUUUAAAAACCUGUAAAGAAUUACAGUGCUGGAUAGAGGUUUCCUCGCAGAAUUAAAUGGAUGUAUGUUAAUGUGAGAAGUACGGUUUUUUGUGGGGGGUGGGAGUCUUGCAAAAUUGUAAGCAUGUUUUUUUUUAAAUAGUGUGCAUUUAUGAUUCUAUUCUGUGUAUUUAAUACACAGUUUAGUAUUUUCUUUACAAUGAACUCUUUUGUGCUCAAAAUGACAGGUGUAGGACCUGGGGAAUCCCAAUCUGAAGAAAUAGGUGCCAACCGCAGACUUGGUUUUUCCUGCUAGUUAUCAUGCACCUUUGUUUUUCUAAAUCAAAUCCUGUUCAUCAUUGCAAAAGCCUGUAAAUGCUACAUGUCCAGCAUUUUCCUUCAAGCCUCAGUCUAAGUCAGACUGUGAAGUCUAAAGAUGGAAGGGAGGAUUUAGGGAAGGAUUAGGAGAAAAGGCUGAUGAAUAAAGGAAAGAAAAAUGUAAGGAAAGCUAUACCAUAAAAGAUUGAGAACUCUCAAGAAACAUAUGACAGCAAAGGAUGGAAAGAAAAAUAAAACCAAAGACAGAAAUACAAAAAGGAAAGUAAAUUGAGUCAAAGGAUAGAAAGAUUAAACAGUCUUCUCCCUACCAAGUGUUUUGUAUAUUUGAAAGAAACUACUUGAUUUGAUUUUCUGGGAGGAAAAUCUUUUCCUUAAUUUUGCUGUAUUCUUGAUCUUGUCCAUAAUUUUUAUAGUCACCAAGAUUAGCACUUGAUUUGAACAACAUUGUGAUGCUGACAGGCAAUAUGCAUAUAAUAUGGAUAUACUGGCCAUACAGCACACUGCUUCAUAGUUUACCUGUAUUAUGACCUCUCUAGUAUACACAGCAAUACAGCUUUUAAAGUUUGUUACUCAUUAUUUUAUCAUUUUGUUGCAUUUGAAGGUAGAAAUGUAAGUUUCAAAGCAAACGGAUGGUCUCAGACUCAGCUAACAUUUUCCUAAAUGACUCAAGGGAAGGGUUCACAUUUAAUAUACAUGUAAUAUUUUUCCCAUAUAAAGCCUGAAUCAUUUUGGGCCCUGGAUACAUACAAAUUUAUUCUCACUCCCCCAAAGUCCUGUGACAAAACCACCUUUUACUCAAUACUUUUACAGCUUGCAAGCACGUAUGGUGAUGUGUCAAGUCUGUUCAAGUAAUCAACGGUUUAGUAUUUUUACCUGUCCUUGUUGCAUCUGUGCAUGAAGCUAUGUACGGAGAGCUAAUUUUCCUCGUACUGUACAUUUUUUGCUGCUGCAUGUAUUUUUCAAAAUGCUUUUAUGUGUGGGCUAAACAAGUGUGAGCAGUUUCCUUUUAGUCUCAGUUAAUGUGAAUACUAGUGCAGUAGAACCAUGAAAAAUGUCAUGAAGUUUUUAGGAACCCUUCUAUAGAUAAUGAGAUGCACAUACUAUUGAUAUAAGCUAGCCUUUCUGUCCAGUAUUCACUUGAAGAAUGUUCCACAGUUGGAAAUGAUUAAUUCAUUCUCUGUAUAGGCUAAUACCAGUUGUCUUUUAAGUUAGUGUAGAUACAUUGCAUGUUGACAGCAACUUUUUGGAUACAGGAAGGCUCUUAAAUCAUAAGAUUUGCACUCCUCUAUAUCAAAAUAUUGCUGCAUUUUAAGGCUUAAAUUUCACUGGUAAACUGAAAAAUUUGCAGUUUUUUUCACUUCCCUUUCAAAAGUUGGCAAAACUGAGGUUACACUGAAAUGAAACCACUUGUGUCUUCUGCAGCAGUAAGGCGAUGCUCAUCAAUGAGUGAGUUGUCAUUUGUCUACAAUUUGCUGUUGCUCUUGACUAAUCCAGAUCUGUGUUAGUGGGUGUCCACUUGAGUCUUGCAUGAAAACAUUGUGAGCUUAUUGUCCAUGUUAAUGCAUUGUGUGUUGUCUUAUUCCUUCUAAGGGAUAGUACAGUCCUGCAAAAUUUACAAGGCAGAAAUUGAUUCUCGGCAAACCAAGGGCUAUUUUAUGAGUAUCCGAUAUAGUAGCAACUGUUGAAUGAUUUGCAAGCAAGACCACAAUUUGGGAAACUAUCAAAAGGGCCAAUUUAUUGAAGAAGGAGUCCUUAGCAGUUGUAGACACCUAAAUUAUCCCCUAUUCAGUUUCUAUCAUGAAAUUCAUACACCUCUUUUCAGCUUGACACUAGAAUAUAGAAUUUUACGGCAUAGUUUAAAAAAAACUAACUCCAAUGGUGACGUUGUAAAUUAGCAUCCACAAUUAAACCUAUUUAAGUUUCAAAAAAUUACAGUAGAGCAGUAUUCUUUAGAUUGCUGACGAUUCUGUCCCUGUAGGCCUUGUCGAAUAGUUGUUCCACCUAAGCCGUUUCUCCCCAAUAUAUGUUGAGUAGACCGUAUUUGUUCAAUUGUAAUGAAGUCACCAAUUCAAAACAUCAUUGAUUUGUAGUAUGAGUUUGAGCAUAAUUGACCAAGGCUGCUGUGCUUGGUGUUCCAAGCUCUGCCUUUGACCCCAAGUAUUCUAUGAUUCAGAAAUUUCAAUAUGCAGGAAGGAUGAAAGUGUAAAGCUUUUUGUAUUUAAAACAUGUCAAACAAAAAAAAAUGAUUCUACACAGCAACAUACUUAUAAGUGCAGUGGACAUUUUAAACUGAAAUUCAAUGUAAUUAUGGUUAUUCCAGUGUAUGAACUGUAGGGUGCUAACAAAAGUUAAUGGAACAUUAGGAGAUUGAGUGCUACAUGGUCAGUUUUAUUUUACUAUGUAAAGUCUGCUGCAGAUGUAUGUAUUAAUGUCUCUGGGUUUGGUUUUUUUUUCAGUACUGUCUGUCUUUUUGCUUUGUUGUAGAGCAUGAUCUGUUUUUACAUGUCACUGAGCAAGAAUGAAAACAAUAUUAGCACCUGAUAACUCUUUUUCUUCUGAUCCAUGGUGAAGCCUAGCAAAAACUUUGUGCUUCUGGUUUUAUUUAAAACAAAAUGGCCCAAGUUUUUCAGCCAUACAGUGAAAUUUUAAAUCUGCAGUAUUCACUUUAUUGUUGUGUUCACUGGUACUUUAAAGUAAGAAUGAAAAGUACUCCCUUUUAGCUUUGACCACACAGUUGAACUUUUUAUAAAUAUAUUUUUGGGAUUUAAUGAAAAAAAAAUUGUUAAACUGCGUAAUCAUUAAUACAUCAUUUCUGACCUCUUGACUGCAUGACGGCUAAGGUGAGGAAUGUUAUAUAGUUUUUUUUCAUGCUUUGUGCUGUUACCUGACGGAAAAGAAAAUACACUUUAGAAUAUUAGUAAAAUAUGUUGUAAAAAUAUUCAAACAUUAGCACAGCUGCUUUAUCAAAUUAGUUUCAGAAUUCAUAAUUUCUCACAGGUUUAGGGUGUGAAUGGUGAAAAAUGUGCAGUUAAAGAUGGUGUUGUAGCAACUGUUGUGUCCAAUAAACUGAAGUGUUAGAUCUUUGCGGUUUUAGCAAUUGCUAAUACUUUGGACGGCUGCUGCCUUUGCUGUCUACUACAGUUUUAAUACUGUGGCUCCUACAUAAAGCUGCAUUAGUAUUAUCUAAAAUACAGCAUUUGAAAAUAAAGUUGAGCAGGGAACGCAGCUUAUAAGUCACAUAAUACAAGACACAUCUUGAAUUUAAGUGCAAUUUAAAUAAAGGAUUUUAUACAAGCAUAUCCCUAAAGGCAGCAAGUCACUCAUCAAUUAUUCUGCACCAGCCCUUGUUGAUUUUUGGAGAAGCUAAUUUGGCUAACUAAACCAGUAUGUCUAUAAAUAAUGGUUCGGUUACUUUGCCUACCUUUUUUUGGCAGGCCUUUUACCAGAUAGCACAAAAUAUUUUUGUUUGGUAGUAUAAUCAGACCAUUAGAUUCUCACACCAAAAUUAAGAAUGUACAAACUGGUAAACAAACGUUUUUAAACAAAUUGUCAAUUAUCUAUAUAAAUUGCCUUUUUGUUUGUUUUUAUAAAGGUCAUUCAGUGUAUCAGUACAUUCAUUAUAAAUAGCAAAUUUGUAAAUGAGCUGUUGAGUCUUUUGCAACUGUUGCAUGUUUUUUUUUUAAAAGGCUUAAAAGUGUACAAUUGACUUUGAUCCUUGGGUGUGGGGAAGGGGCUGAUUUUUGGCUGCUGUUUUGGAAGGAACAUUCACUUCCGCUAUAACGUUAAAGUAAGAUCAUUAAUAUUUCUGUUCAGGUAAGAAUAUUAAGACAAAUAUCACAGGUGAUAAUUGUAUAUCUGAUUUGCUAUUUCAUUUUGCACACAAGCAGUUGACAUUUAAAUGUGUUGCCAAUGUUUCUGGUGUAAACAAUAUUAAACUAUUUACUGAAACUUU